CCUGCAUUUCUCAGUAUGGAGUUGUUUUCCCCUUUGUUUUCCGUGGCUGUUUUGAUAUUUGUCAUUUUUGGUUCUAGAACAGCAGCAGCAACAACAACAUCUACAAUAGGAAGCAGUUCAGCGACAAGUACGCCAUCAUCAACACCUGAUCAUUCAGCCAGUUUGAUGUCCUCAACGACUGGUUCCUCUGGUGAUAUAGGGUCUUCAACAUCACUGUCCUCAAAACCAGACUUUUCUGUAACCUCUUUAUCCUCUUCAGCAGAUCAUUCAACAAGUUUAUCAUCCAAAACAGCAGAUCCAUCAACGAAUUUACCGUCCUCAACAUCAGAUUCUUCAGCGAGUUUACCGUCCUCAACAUCAUAUCCUUCAACAACUUUACCGUCCUCAACAUCAAACCCUUCAACGGAUUUACCAUCCUCAACAUCAGAUUCUUCAGCGAGUUUACCGUCCUCAACAUCAUAUCCUUCAACAACUUUACCGUCCUCAACAUCAAACCCUUCAACGAAUUUACCAUCCUCAACAUCAGAUUCUUCAACGAGUUUACCGUCCUCAACAUCAGAUUCUUCAACGAAUUUACCGUCCUCAACAUCAGAUCCUUCAACAACUUUACCGUCCUCAACAACAAACCCUUCAACGAAUUUACCGUCCUCAACAUCAUAUUCUUCAACGAGUUUACCGUCCUCAACAUCAGAUUCUUCAACGAAUUUACCGUCCUCAACAUCAGAUUCUUCAACGAAUUUACCGUCCUCAACAUCAGAUUCUUCAACGAAUUUACCAUCCUCAACAUCAGAUUCUUCAACAACUUUACCGUCCUCAACAACAAACCCUUCAACGAAUUUACCAUCCUCAACAUCAGAUUCUUCAGCGAAUUUACCGCCCUCAACAGUAGAUUCUUCAACGUCAACACUCACUUCUCUGCCAACUGUUACUGUGUCUUCUCCUUCGACAGCUCCGUCUCAAUCGAUACCUCAAUCUACAGUAACUUCCACAACAACUACAACUAAACUGACAACAGUAUCAUUGUCAUCGCCAACUAUAACUACACAUCACUCGAUUUCAUCUACAGCCAUUUCACCUGCAGCGUCAACUAUAACAGAUCAUAGUUUAGCUUCUUCGACAACUCGCACUCAAACGACAUCUAAACUUCAAUCAACUACACCCAAGAGCUCUUCAUCUGUACCUACAAUUUCAUCUCCGAUAAUAACAAAGACCUCUUCAUCUACACCAACAACUCCGUCGACAAGCACAAUCUCUUCAUCUGCGCCAACAACUCCGUCGACAAGCACAAUCUCUUCAUCUGCACCAACAACUCCGUCGACAAGCACAAUCUCUUCGUCUGCGCCAACAACUCCGUCGAAAAUUACAACGCCCUCUUCAUCUGCACCAACAACUCCGCCAACAAGCACGACCUCUUCAUCUGCACCAACAACUCCUUCGACAAUCACAAUGACCUCAGAAUCUGCAUCAACAACUCCGUCGACAACCAAAACGACCUCUUCGUCUACACCAACUGAUUCGUCAACAACAACAGCAGCUAGUUCUACUACAACAUCGGCCAAACCAGAAAUGACAACAGGUAUAUCUACUUCAAGACUUACGCCGAUAACAUCCGGUCAUCAGUCUUCACUUUUUACAUCGCGCCAGACUGGUGAUAUGGUCAAUACGACAAGGAUUACUACGAUGCCCGGACCACCAGAUUACUCCAGAGGCAAGGGAUCCAGGAUAAAUUGUUCAGUGCUGACGGGAGUGGUGCUUCUACUUGUUUACAUGUGUCUUACAUAGGGAUUUUAACAAGAUUCUUUCAUUUAGUUUCGUAUUUUAGCUGAACAAAGUGGUUUUUCAAAACCACCGCAAAACGUAGGUAUGGACUAUGGAGCCAUUUUGUUCUUAUUUUGAAUAGAAUAAACCUAUCCCAGGUACACCUAAUCACCAAUGCGAAAUGCGCCCGUGGCGCCCACCUUUUGUUAACAAAGUUCAAUUUUCUUCUGGUACAGUUUAUGUAAAGAUGGAAGUUUUCAAGAAAGUGUUUUGAAAAGCCUGAUAUAAUGAAUUAUAUAAACGGUAAAUUCAAAGCAAUAUUUUAAAUAGUUUUAAAUCAAGAUAAUUGCCUUUUCCUAUUUAUUCAUAUUUUAUUUUAUUUAUAUUCGCACAAUUGAAUUGAAGCUCACUAAAAUAAGUAUGUUGAUUGAAAUGUCUAUGUUUACUUAAUAAGGAAUGUAUUUCGGUCAAAUAAAAAGUCACAUUUUGUUUUCAAAAUGAGAACUGGGUUGGUGACAAACACCUAUGGUAUCGCUGAGAUCGAGCAUAUUUUAUCUUUAACAUGAUUUUGUUCAAUACACAAAUUCAAGUGGGAUGGUAGUACAAGCUUAAAGCUUAUAUCAAUUCCUUUCCCAUAUUUCAUUAUCAUUGAGGUAUAACCGCAUGUUUAACCCUAACAAGAUAUAAAAGAUAGGAAAGGGAUUUUCUUGUGAUCUUUAAUGUCAG